GCUUGGUGGCGCAAUGAUUCUGCGAUUGCUGCUCCUGGCAAUAUGCCUUCAACUGGGACAGCAAUCCGGGCAAGCAGAUGCGUUGGGAAACCAAACGGAGAGGCCAUAUCCUGCGUACUGCACUACCUACGAUCAGAAGCCAGGCAAAUGCGUGAAUUACAAAGAUUGCCAGUAUAUCGCGGAAAUAGUUUCGAAGCCAAAGGACCAGCUGACCGCCAAGGACUUGGAAAUAAAGAGGAAUGCCCUUUGUUCGGCAAAUUCCAGAAAAAUCGUCUGCUGUGAGGAAUUCAUCAAUGAGUCGGACUUGGAGCUGCUGAAGGCCAGUGAGAGUUCGUGUGGCGAAUUCGGGGAUCAGAAGGUCACUGGAGGAAAUGAGAUCCAAAUGGGAUCUCGACCUUGGAUGGCCCUGCUCCAAUUCAAUGUUUCCGACCCCAAUAAGCGGAUAUCCUUUGCGUGCGGUGGCACGUUGAUUACACCACGCUACGUCCUGACAGCUGCCCAUUGCGUCAUGAAAUCAUUGUAUUCAGUUCGAGUUGGAGAGCACACUAUCUCCACGGAGCGAGAUUGCAAGACCUAUGCCACAAGAGUAAUCUGUCUGCCGCCUUACCAGGAUGUACCUAUCCAAGAAUCCGUUGUCCACGAGGGAUACGACGAUCAAACGCUUCACUAUGACAUAGCGCUUCUUCGCCUGGCAAGAUCCAUAGAGUUCAGUGAGUUCGUCAAGCCCAUAUGCUUGCCGCUGUACGAGGAGGUUAGGCAGAGCAUCUGGGACAAACGAAGACCGAACCAAAAGGUCACCGGCUGGGGCAUCUACGAGCAGAAUGUGCUAUCCGAUGUGCCCAGGGAGGGCGACGUGACCCGCCUGAGUCUCGACCAGUGCUCCGUGGGUCGGAGUACAAUACUGAUCGCCAAUCAACUGUGCGUCAGUGCCUUCCAACGGGACAGCUGCCAGGGCGACUCCGGCGGACCGCUGUUGUAUCCGUAUCUUUACCUUGGGCAACAGCGAUUCGUCCAGACGGGCAUCGUUAGCAAGGGACCCAAGUACUGCGGCCAGGGAUCUUCAGCCAUUUACACGGACGUUACUCGGUUUGUUCCAUGGAUAACCCAGAAUAUAAAGUCCUAACUGGGCCAAGACAACUUU